UUCAGCUUCCAGAUAGGAGGAAAAGAUUCAAAGGUUGUCAUUCCCGGGCGGAGAAGCUCUGCGGAACUGUCGUUGGCCGGAACUGGAUAGUUGUUGCUCGGCGGAUCUCUAAGAAGGAACACCCGGGGCAAGAUGGCGGUGGAGUCUUGGUCGCUGCCCCGGGUCUAUCAGCGCUCAGGUAUAUUCGGUUGAGGCGACAGUAUCUGCGGCUCCGACCCCGAGCGCUGGGACCUCGAACGGGAAAAGGUCUACGUCCUACCGAGAAGAGAAGCUCCACUGAAGUGAGAAGCUGCCCCUGGCGGUGAGUCCCCUGCAAGACCACCGAUGAUCGCUUGGCACUUCCUCGACCCAGGCAGGCCCUCAGGGUUUGUGCAAGUGUGCAGACAUGUUCACCGUUUCUCAGACCUCGAGAGCGUGGUUCAUCGACAGAGCCCGUCAGGCUCGCGAGGAGAGGCUUGUGCAGAAGGAGCGGGAGCGUGCAGCCGUCGGGAUUCAGGCCCAUGUCCGGAGUUUUCUCUGUCGGAGUCGACUGCAGAGAGAAAUCAGGAGAGAGAUCGAUGAGUUUUUUAAAGCAGAUGAUUCUGGGGCCAGUAAAAGAAGUGCACUGUGUAUAUUUAAGAUUGCCAGGAAACUGCUGUUCUUGUUCAGAAUUAAAGAGGAUAAUGAGAGAUUUGAAAAGUUGUGUCGCUGCAUCCUGAGCAGUAUGGAUGCUGAGAAUGAACCCAAAGUGUGGUAUGUGUCCCUGGCUCUUUCCAAGGAUCUCACCCUCUUGUGGAUUAAACAGAUCAAGGACAUUCUCUGGUAUUGCUGUGAGUUUCUUAAGCAGCUCAAGCCUGAAAUCUUACAAGACUCCAAACUCGUCACACUGUACCUCACGAUGCUUGUCACCUUCACAGACACUUCAACAUGGAAAAUUUUCCGGGGAAAAGGUGAGAGUCUUCGACCAGCCAUGAACCACAUUUGUGCAAAUAUAAUGGGACAUCUCAACCAGCGAGGGUUUUAUUCUGUGCUGCAGAUACUGUUAACCCGUGGUCUGGCGAGAUCCCGGCCUUGUCUGUCCAAAAGCACUUUAACUGCAGCCUUUUCUCUCGCGUUGCGCCCUGUGGUUGCCGCACAGUUCUCAGACAACCUGAUCCGGCCGUUCCUCAUACACAUCAUGUCUGUGCCUGCUCUCGUGACCCACCUUGGCACAGUGACCCCUGAGCGCCUCACGGUUUUGGAAUCGCACGAUUUGCUCCGUAAAUUCAUCACGUUUUUAAGAGAUAAAGAUCGAUGCCGUGAUGUCUGUGAAAGUUUGGAAGGAUGCCACACGCUUUGUCUGAUGGGCAACCUCCUGCACUUGGGCUCCCUCAGCCCCAGGGUGCUGGAGGAGGAGGCGGACGGGUUUGUGAGCUUGCUCACCCAGAUGCUGUGCUACUGCCAGAAGUACGUGUCCCAGAAGAAAUCCAACCUGACGCACUGGCACCCUGUCCUUGGCUGGUUCUCCCAAUCCGUGGACUAUGGCCUUAACGAGUCGAUGCCCUUGAUCACCAAACAGCUGCAGUUCCUGUGGGGGGUGCCUCUGAUCCGGAUCUUCUUCAGUGACAUCCUGAGCAAGAAGCUGCUGGAGAACCAGGAGCUGGCGGCCCACGUGCAGCCGACAUCCCCGCAGAACGUGCUUCCCAUGAAGAAUCUCCUGAAGCGCGCGUUUCAGAAGUCUGCGUCAGUGCGGAACAUUCUCAAGCCCGUCGGGGGUAAGCGCGUCGACUCUGCGGAGGUACAGAAGGUCUGCAGCAUCUGCGUCCUCUACCAGACCUCGCUGACAACUCUGACGCAGAUCCGCCUGCAGAUUCUCACAGGUCUCACCUACCUUGAUGACCUGCUGCCCAAACUGUGGGCGUUCAUCUGCGAGCUGGGGCCCCAUGGAGGGUUAAAGCUCUUCUUGGAAUGCCUCAACAACGACACUGAAGAGUCGAAGCAGCUCUUGGCCAUGCUGAUGCUGUUCUGUGACUGCUCCCGGCACCUCGUCACGAUUCUUGAUGACAUUGAAGUUUAUGAAGAGCAAAUCUCAUUCAAACUGGAAGAGCUGGUCACCAUCUCCUCCUUUCUGAACUCCUUCGUGUUCAAGAUGAUCUGGGAUGGAAUCGUAGAGAACGCCAAGGGCGAGGCCCUGGAGCUGUUCCAGUCUGUCCACGGGUGGCUGAUGGUGCUGUACGAGCGGGACUGUCGGCGGCGCUUCGCCUCCGAGGACCACUGGUUGCGCAAGGAUCUCAAACCUAGUGUGCUCUUCCAAGAACUGGACAAGGACCGAAAACGGGCACAGCUGAUCCUGCAGUACAUCCCUCACGUCAUUCCACACAAAAACAGGGUUCUCCUGUUCCGCAACAUGGUUACCAAGGAGAAGGAGAAACUGGGGCUUGUGGAAACCAGCUCUGCCUCCCCUCACGUCACUCACAUUACUAUCCGCCGGUCCCGGAUGUUGGAGGACGGCUACGAGCAGCUCCGGCAGCUCUCCCAGCACGCCAUGAAGGGCGUGAUCCGCGUGAAGUUCGUCAAUGACCUGGGGGUGGAUGAGGCGGGAAUUGACCAGGACGGCGUUUUCAAGGAGUUCUUGGAAGAGAUCAUCAAGAGGGUGUUUGACCCGGCACUCAACCUGUUCAAGACCACCAACGGGGACGAGAGACUCUACCCUUCGCCCACAUCUUACAUUCACGAGAAUUACCUGCAGCUCUUUGAGUUUGUGGGCAAGAUGCUGGGGAAGGCUGUGUAUGAGGGAAUUGUGGUGGACGUGCCCUUCGCGUCCUUCUUCCUGAGCCAGCUGCUCGGGCACCACCACAGCGUCUUCUACAGCUCUGUGGACGAGCUGCCGUCCCUGGACUCCGAGUUCUACAAGAACCUCACUUCCAUUAAGCGCUACGAUGGGGACAUCGCGGACCUGGGCCUGACGCUGUCCUACGAUGAGGACGUCAUGGGACAGCUCGUUUGCCAUGAACUGGUUCCUGGGGGGAAGACCAUUCCUGUUACAAAUGAAAAUAAAAUUAGCUACAUCCAUCUGAUGGCGCAUUUUCGAAUGCACACGCAAAUCAAAAACCAGACAGCUGCCCUCAUUAGCGGAUUCCGUUCUAUUAUCAAACCCGAGUGGAUCCGGAUGUUCUCAACCCCUGAGCUACAGCGUCUCAUCUCCGGUGACAAUGCUGAGAUUGAUCUGGAAGAUUUAAAGAAGCACACGGUGUACUACGGCGGUUUCCAUGGGAGUCACAGGGUCAUCAUCUGGCUCUGGGACAUUCUGGCCUCCGACUUCACGCCCAGCGAGCGAGCCAUGUUUCUGAAGUUUGUGACCAGCUGCUCCAGACCCCCGCUCCUGGGCUUUGCCUACCUCAAGCCUCCUUUCUCCAUUCGCUGUGUCGAAGUGUCAGAUGACCAGGACACCGGGGACACCCUGGGCAGCGUCCUGCGGGGCUUCUUCACCAUCCGCAAGCGGGAGCCUGGGGGCCGUCUGCCCACCUCCUCCACCUGCUUCAACCUGCUCAAGCUGCCCAACUACAGCAAGAAAAGCGUCCUCCGAGAGAAGCUGCGCUAUGCCAUCAGCAUGAACACGGGCUUCGAGCUGUCCUAGCUCCCGGCCCUGGCCGCCUGCCCUCACGGACCCCUGGCCUCCCCAGGACCUUCGGCUCCAGGAGGCGGCAUUCCCCUGGGAGUGUCCGUGACACUGGGUGGCCCCCAGACCUUGUCUAUAGCCAUGAGACGCCCCUGUGGCCUCAGGAACUUUGGAUGCACAUGUGGACGCUGCACAACACUCUCCAGGUGACGCUAAUGGGCAGGGGUGUCGGAGAUAAACCUCCAGGUUCCGCCAUCUUGGGUCCUUUCCUCCCACAUCCCGGCCUGAAGCCCAGGCCUGUGACUGCAGAGGGGCCUGUCUUUUGGUAGUUGGGUCUUUUGUGAGUCUCUCUUUCCUCAACUUCCUGAGUGAGCUGUGUGUGGACCAGGCCCAGGCGCUCCAAGGCUCCGGGGUGGUUUCCAUGACGGGCCUGAGGGCACGAAGCCUGGUUUGCGUGAGACACUCUCCUUCCCUCUCUGAAAACUACUCAGGUAAGGCCUUGCCCAGCCUCUAUGCACCCAGCACAGCCUCUGCCUCCGCCCCACCCCCAGCAGCCUCUCUCCAGCUGGCCAAGUCCACCCGCUCCCCAGGGAAGCCGAGGCGCCAGCAGGGGAGGCCAGGAGCACAGGAAGCCACAGGCAGCCCCUCCCCAGCUCUCGCCUCGGAGACCCUGAGCCCUCAGCAGGCCCGGCUGCCAGGAGCCUCCCCUGGCUCAUUCCGCGUGCUCACGCUGGCACCCUGGGUUUGCCAGGGGAGACCUGCUGGCCCUCAGAGCAGCUGCGCUUCUAGAAGGCGCUGUCUGUUCCCGAGGAGCAGCUAGCUGCCUUCCCCCUGCCCGUUCGCCCCUGGUUACCUAGGGAGGAACAAACGUUAGCUGAAGGCACCCGUCCCGUCUCCAUAGACUGUACAAUCCCGAGAGCCUUGGCCUCGCACCCGCCCUUCCUCAGCACAGGGGCCCCCGAGCCCUUUGCACUGACUCAGCUCAUGAGGCUCAGGAAACUCAUGGCCCUCUGAGUUGGUUUUCUUUGUCGUGGUGGUUUUUCUCAUGUUUACUUCACUUUACCUGUCUACCCAUUGUGCUCCCCUGUCCUCGUUCUCCACCUUCACCAGAGGACUUGACUCCAGGGCAUUGAGGCAGAGGCCGUGUUAGUGGCCUGUGUUGACAACCCAUCACCCCACCCAGCUCAUCACGCCCUUCAGCCUCCCACCACGGAGCCUGAAGCCGGGGGAAGCUCCAUGGAGCCGCCCUCUCCCAAGCAGCUGAGCACCUUCCAGCAGGAGCCGUCCUGUGUCUGUGGCCCCUGUAAGAGGGCGGGUGCCGGGUGCCAGGGUCCGUCUGCACCCGAGCCUGGCUGUGUGAGUGCCCCUGGCUUCUGGAGAAUAGACUGCGUGUUUUUAUUUUGGUGACAAGACAGCAAGGAAUUUAAGGACAGGCGGGAAUUUACUAUUUAAGAGUUAUUAGUAACCUCUGAUUUUGUGAUUUGCUGCUCUCUAUAAAUGCCCAGUGCCUCCUGCGCUCGCGUGUGUGUGCGCCACGCAGGUUUGCGCGUGCACGUGGAGCCUGUGUGACCGUCGGCCUGCGCACGGAGACGCGGUCCCGUCCCGAGUCUCGGUGCCUGGGAGCCGCCUGUGGGGCUGGGGAGACUGGUUUUGGAGCACCGACACCCACCGGCUUUGUUUUUUUGACGAGGGGGGCAGUUUGUGAUUUCAUUUAAGUUCUUCAGCAGCUGGAAACAUUGCACUACUUAAAACACUAAAUCUGUAGUCUCACAGCUGGUGUUCCGCAAAACCCGACGGCUCUUGAUGGCGCUAAAAAGUCGUGGGGUUUCUGUUUUCACAGAUAACUUACAGGCUAAACGCGAUCAAAGGCUUUAUUAAAUUUGUACUUCAGCA